GUGAUUAGUUUCACGUAAACUGCUCAAAAUUUUAUUCAAUCAUUAAUAGUGGUGAAAAAUGGCCAGCCAGACGCAAGGUAUCCAGCAGCUUUUAGCUGCUGAGAAGAAAGCAGCUGAUAAAGUUACCGAGGCCCGAAAACGUAAAGCACGUAGGUUGAAGCAGGCUAAAGAAGAAGCUCAGGAUGAGAUUGAAAAGUACAGGCAGGAACGUGAGAAACAGUUCAAAGAAUUUGAAGCCAAGCACAUGGGCUCCAAAGAAGGUGUAGCAGCUCGUAUUGACGCAGACACCAAAUUAAAAAUAGAAGAAAUGAACAGUCAAUUAUCGACUCACAAGGAUGCGGUAAUCCAGAAAAUUCUGGAGUUGGUGUACGACAUCAAGCCCGAAUUGCACCGCAAUUAUCGCAUUGAAGCCUAAGCUGCCAAAAUGCAGUCGAUAUACGAAAAUAAAAUAAAAUCUAUAUUAACAUAUUAAAAUAGUUAUGAUUGCUAUUAAAAAAUUAUACAAAUCUAUCAAUAUUAUGUAAGUGUAAAUGUCUCAAUGUAUCUUUCGAAAAAGUAUAUCGUUUAAAUGUAUUUGAACAAACAAAUAAUAUAUGUUAUGAUAACAAUUAUAUACUAACGUAGAUGUAGACAGUGAUACUCAAACUUUUAGAAUAUUUAUCCGAGUCGUUAUGACAAUAAUAACAAGUAUCCAGAUAUAACCACUGUUGUUUGCACAGCUUAUGUAUUUAAUAUUUAAGUAACAGUUUGAGCAUUACUGCAGCACUAUCAAUCAACAAUGUAUAAUAAUAUUAAUAUUAAUUAUUUAAAAAAUGUGUCAGUUUGGUACACCAAGGCCUAGGUGUACUUACCUCACACAUUUACCAAAUAAUAAUAUUAUAAUAAUUAAAACUGUUUUAAAGGUGGUGGCUAUUAAAAUCAUGUAUUAGAUUAUUGUUGCUAGGCUUCAUUCCAUUAUUUUUUUCUGUAACAUCGAGGAUUAUUAUCAUAAAUAUUAUUAUGUACAAUCUCUUGAGAGUCUCUUGUCAGCUCCAAAUUAUCUUGAGACUCUUACGACAUUAUACUGAGUAAUUAAUUAUUAUUAGUUGUGAAAUUAUUAUGUAUCACAUUUAUUUCCGCUUGUAUUUUAUUUUUCUUCCAAUUAUUAAAUCUAACUUCAAAACAAGUAACUAAACUUACUAUCAGCCUGUACAGUAUUAGCGUCGAAAAUAAAUGUUAAAAAAAACACCAAAA